GCUGCCGAUGAUUUCAAAGCUUCCGGUUCUACUCGGAGGCCCAAGGCAAAAGCAAAGGGCAAAGCCAAAGCUACUGCGGCUACCGCGACCGGGGGCAAGGGCGAGGGCCUUGUGAUAGGGAAUCAACAGAAGAAAGCUUCCGGGCGAGAAACAUACUUAGGCAGGCAGUGCAUAAUCUGCCAGAGCGCAGAUAGCUGCACCAAGAACCCGUACUGUGGGAAGUGCAAGGCGGACGUGGACGCCUUGCAGAAGUGUGCCAAGGAUGACGGCUGGUUGGAGAAGUUCAUGGAGGCGAAGGGUAACGAGCCUCUCCUCCGCAAGCUGGUCCGAGACUUUCAGCAAGAGAGCCCCUCCAAGGGGAAGGGCCGGCCGCGAGCGAAGUGCAGCAAAGCGAAAGCAUUGCAAAUCUUCUCGAACGAAUCGAUCGAGGAUCAAGGAACAAGACUUGCGAAGUAUGACUGGUUUGAAUUCGAGGCGCACUACGAGUCCAAAAAACUGAGUCACCAGCAGAUCGAAGAAAAAUGGAGAUCACGGCUGGCCAGCGAGGGGCCAGUGGAUUGUCUGGGUGAGAACCCAGACUAUCCACAACGCCUCCUAGUGAGGGUUGAGGACUACAUAGACGCGAAACGCCGCAAGCGCGUCUCAAAUGAAGUGCAGCGUGAGAUGGUAGACAAAAAGAUGCUGGGCGACGAGUCGGCGCAGAACUUCAUGGAUGGCGAGGCUCAGAAUCGCCCAGCCGACUUCUUUUCUGGAGCGGCCGAGAAGAUGUUCAAUGACCGCGACCGGCCUGCCCAGCCUGCUAGGCGACGAUCUACAGGGUCAAAUGCCUCCAUCUCCGCGGGGACAGAUGAAGAGAAGGCCGCUGCCGGUGGCAGCACUGGCGCUGCCGGUGACCUCACGGUGUCGCGGUUGCGGGCCUUCGGGGAGCAGAUCAACAAGGUCCUCACCAGUUUGGCCGCGACGAUUGAGAAAGUGGACAAGGAGGCGUCUUUUUCCGUGGCGAGGGUCAAGGACAUCACGGGCGACGGCAUCAUUCAGGAGUACAAGAAAAUUGUUGAGGACCGCGUGGUGCUGGCCAGGCUUCUCCACGAUGAUCUGGCCGGCGAGGAUACCUGGGAGGCCCGGGAUACUUUGAUUCAGCAAAGCAUGACGGACCAGGUGUCACCGGUGCCUAACAAGUCCUUGCUGAAAAGCAAGGGGACCGUCGUCGAGCUGCAGGCCCAGCUGAAAUGCUGCAGCAGCAUCGAGGAGCUCCCGAAAUGCAUCGAGCACAUCCGGGGCUGCAUCAGCGCUUGGGGUACGUUGAGCCAGAGCUUAAGUGUUGCCAUGGCGGAAGUGAUGAAGGCCGUCCGAGACGUGACAAAGAAGAGGAAGCGGAAGACGAG